AUGGCCGGGUUUCUAGGAGGAGCGGGGCGGGGGCGGAUGCGGACAAGCGCUGCCGCCGCCGAGGAGCCGGGCGUGCCGAGCCGAGGCGAGGCGGGCGGCAGAGCGGGAAGAAGCUCCGGCAUGGCCACGGCCACGGGGCGCUUCGGCGUGUGGGACUAUGUGGUGUUCGGGGCCAUGCUGCUCAUCUCCGCCGUCAUCGGCGUGUAUUACGCCUUCGCGGGCGGCGGGCAGAAGACCUCCAAGGACUUCCUGAUGGGCGGGCGCAGCAUGAGCGCCCUGCCCGUGGCGCUGUCCCUCACCGCCAGCUUCAUGUCGGCCGUCACCGUGCUGGGCACCCCGGCCGAGGUGUACCGCUUCGGCGCCGUCUUCUGCGUCUUCGCCGUCACCUACCUCCUGGUGGUGCUGGCCAGCGCCGAGCUCUUCCUGCCCGUCUUCUACCGCCUGGGCAUCACCAGCACCUACGAGUAUUUAGAGCUUCGAUUUAAUAAAUAUCUGCGUCUCUGUGGGACAUUCCUCUUCAUUAUACAAACGAUCUUGUACACCGGAAUUGUUAUUUAUGCGCCAGCUCUGGCACUAAAUCAAGUCACAGGAUUUGAUCUGUGGGGUGCAGUGGUUGCCACUGGAGUGGUCUGUACAUUCUAUUGCACGCUGGGUGGUUUAAAGGCUGUUGUCUGGACAGAUGUUUUCCAAGUUGGGAUCAUGGUAGCUGGGUUUUCAUCUGUGAUUAUACGGUCUGUGGUGGUUCAAGGGGGAAUCCAACGCAUUCUAAAUGAUUCCUAUGAUGGAGGAAGAUUAAACUUCUGGGACUUUAAUCCCAAUCCCUUGCAAAGACACACCUUUUGGACAAUUAUUAUAGGUGGGACCUUCACCUGGACUGGAAUAUAUGGGGUCAACCAAGCUCAAGUUCAGAGAUACAUUGCCUGCAAAACCAGAUUCCAAGCAAAACUGUCUCUCUAUAUAAACUUGGUAGGACUCUGGGCGAUUCUCACCUGUGCAGUGUUCUCGGGAUUAGCUCUGUACUCGAUUUACAAGGAUUGUGACCCAUGGACAGCAAAGAAGGUGUCAGCACCAGACCAGUUAAUGCCAUACUUGGUACUGGAUAUUCUGCGAGACUUUCCAGGCGUGCCAGGGCUGUUUGUGGCUAGUGCCUACAGUGGGACAUUAAGUACAGUAUCCUCCAGCAUCAAUGCUUUAGCUGCUGUCACCGUCGAGGAUCUCAUUAAACCUUACUUCAAAUCACUCUCUGAACAGAAAUUGUCUUGGACUUCCAAGGGGAUGAGUCUGUUUUAUGGUGGACUCUGUAUUGCUAUGGCUGCUUUGGCAUCCCUGAUGGGAGGUUUGUUGCAGGCAGCUCUCAGUAUUUUUGGCAUGGUUGGUGGCCCUCUUCUAGGUCUGUUUUCUCUGGGAAUCCUUUGCCCCUUCACAAAUCCCCUGGGCGCAUUUAUAGGCCUUCUAAGUGGCUUCGUUGCAUCUCUCUGGGUUGGAAUUGGAGCUCAGAUUUAUCCUCCUCUCCCUGAGAGGACUAUGCCAUUAAACCUUACAACUAUAGGCUGUGAGACAGAAACAUUAGGCAACUGGACUGCAACAACGGCGAUGCCAGUUUUAACAACACUCUCACAUGCUCCAGUCACAGAAAGACCGGUUCUAGCUGAUCACUGGUAUUCCUUGUCCUAUCUGUACUUCAGCACACUUGGGACUCUGGUCACAAUAGCAGUGGGAAUAAUUGUCAGCCUUUUAUCAGGAGGAAGGAAGCAAAACAUUGACCGUAAAUUCCUGCUGACCAAAGAGGACUUCCUGUCCAACUUUGCAUUUUCUAAACCUGAGAAAAAGGAGAAAGUGGAAGUUUUGAACUGGAAAGUUCACAAUCUGGCAGAUGAAGGAAUCGACAAUCCUGCUUUCAACCAUAUUGAAAUGAAUUUCACAGACAAUAAAGAGAAAGUCAAUGGCAUUCAUAUAUGACCUGGUGCCAUGGAGCUCUUACCUACAAACACUUUAGUUGCUGUGUUGAAGACAUUGCUGGCAUUUCUGGAAAUAAUUAAUUUACCUACCAUACCUCUGGUUAUAUGCAAGAAUCCUUACCAUGCUCCAUGUCUUCACCACAUUGGAAUAACGUUAAGAUUAAGAAGAACUUCAAAA